AGCCCAAAAUCGCCAAACUCACGCGGCAGAGAUUUUGAGGAGGGUUUCUGAUAUUUGUAUAGAGAGAAAAUUAGGGUUUAUCAAGGAAGUUGCAGAGAAGGAAGCCAUGUUUCUUGGAGCCAUUCCUCGUCGCCCUGAUAAAGAGACUGCGUAUAAGCAGUUGAAGUCUCAUGUCACACUUUUCGGUGCAUUUGUUCUUGCAGUUCGGGUCGUUCCCUAUGUUCUCCAUUUCAUCAACAAAGAAAAGGAGGAACUCAAGCUCGACCUUUGAUCGGAUUCAGGAUUCCACAGAGAGGAAGAGACACUGCAGAGUAGUUAUCUAUGAGUUUGGCAAUAUGUAGCACUUGUGUUCAAGUCUUUAAUGUACUUCGAUUUUGAGGAUAACAUUCACACUGAUUGUUUGAUACAAGAAAAUCACUAGUUUAUGUCUAAGAAUCAAGUGAUAUCUUAUUUCUUUGUUUAUGGAAAUUAAUCAUAGUUGAUUAUAGAACUAAAA